AUGACUUCUUGGAUCGUUAGCCCUUUCCUUCUUCUCAUUCUCUUCUUCUCUGCCAUCGUUUCUGCUCAAAACACCACCCUUCCGACUUUGUUUGAAAAUUGUUACGUUUUCCGAUCCAAGUCAUCCUCUGAUGUCUAUCGAGUGGAAUGGACGCUUGAUGAACCAAACGAUCGAUUCAGUGCACGAUUUACACUUCCAAGUGCUCCUGGUUAUGGAUCGAUUGGAUUUAAACUCACCAAUCAAGGAUAUGGAAUGCCUGGAAGUACCAUUUUGCUUGGUUAUGGAAAUGGAAUUGUCAAUGAGUACUAUGCCAACGGAAAUACUCAACCAAGUAAGCUCACAAAUAAUCAAUUCCUUGCUGCAGCGUCUUCCACAGUUGGAAAUGUCACCACCUUGACGUAUGUGAGAACUCUCACACGUCCAGCAGGAGCUCCAAACACCUAUUUCGCAUUUCCAAAGAAUGCCAAUGUCACACUAUUGUUUGCAAGCUCUUUGAAAUCACCAGUGAGUCCAACGAGUUUCCUUCAACAUUAUCGAGCUGAUUUGUACUCGGGAGGAAUUAAUUUUUAUAUGAAGAAUGUGAAUGCUUGUAUCUCUACGGGUGGCGCAAUGAGUGUCUAUGGAUGGAACGCUUCAAACAUGAGCUUUUUGGUGGCAAUAGUGUCAUCAUUGUGUAUCGUUAUGUUGUCUUCACUGCUGUAA